AUGAAGGCCGCUCUCGCUCUAUCAUACGUUGUGGCUGUUGCUACAGCGUCGCCCAUCGGGUUUCUUUCUGAGCUUUUCAAGCGGGACACCAGCUCGGACUUUGACCCGCUAGAUGUAUGGCCUGGAAACUUGACGCAAAUCUCCAACUGGUCCAACUGGACCAACCCUUCAAACUGGAACAGUUCUGUGGGAUUGAAUGGAACCGGAAACGGCUCGGUGGGCGGUAAUGGCUCCAUUGGUGGAAACGGCUCCAUUGGUGGAAACAGCUCUAGUGGCGGGUACCCAGGAGGCGUUGGCUGGCCAUCGCCCAAGUUGCAGGUGUUCAUCACCGGCGGUGAGUACCAGGUGUCUAACUGGACGCAGUCACCAGAUGUAGAUGUCACCACGUUGUUCAACCUUUCGUCUCUCAACGCAACUCACUUGUACAGUGUAGCGGCUUCAAUCUCCAGCGCGCUCCAAAGUGACGAAUACACAGGUGUGGUGAUUCUCGGGUCUGAAAAAGCCUUGGAAUCGCUUGGUUUCUUCCUCAGCGUCGUGACUGACUCUCCCAAGAGUCUAAUUGUCACUGACGAUGUCGACACCGGUAUCCAGGUGGCAUGGUCGGACGAGUCGUGGUGGCGCGGUGUUUUGGUCACCCAAAAGACGUCCAUCUACUCCGGUGCCAUUUACACUGCCUCCAAACCGCAUGCAGGCAAGAUUGGCUCUUUCUAUGAAGGCGAGCCAUGGUUCUGGUUCACUCCUGCAUGGCCAACCUUCUUGUCGCCUGACACCACGUUGCGCUACGAAUUCAGCAAUUUCACUGACAUCACAACCGGGAACGAAACUUUCAACUCUUCUGCUCCAACCAUUCCUAUAGUCUACGACGGUUACUUCGACCCAUCGCUAAUCAACUCCCUCAGCAGCUCUGUCAAAGGUCUCGUUGUUGUGUCAUCUGGAAAUUCGACCACAAGCGAGUUCAAAUCGCCUUCUGUGCCCAUCGUUUACACUUCCGAUGACUCAGAGCCUGUAUUUGACGAUGAUGUUCCUACCGGUUCCAUUGCUGGAGGGUUCUUCUCACCUGUGCAAGCACAGCUACUGCUAUCGAUCGCCAUCGCUAACAACGCUACUGAUCCUUCCGGUUUGCAUGACUUGUUCUGGCCAUGA